AAAGAAAAUUUCAAAAAAUUAUAUCUCACAUUUUCUUUCAAGACAAGGUUGAAAAAAAACCGUAAAGGAAUCCAUGGUAUUUUGUCUUAAAGCAAUGCUUAAAAUGAGAACAAAUUUUUACAUUACCAAAAAAGGUCAAUUAAAAUGAAAAUGUAGCAAUACUUAAGAACUUCAAACUGAAAAGAAACACCGCGCAAUUUAGUAGAUUAGCUUGAACCGAUAGAUUUUAGUUGGGACGCGCUCGCUCCUGUCGGGAAAGUUGUCAAAACAUACAUACGCAAAUUCGCAUACAGCAUUUUCAUACAUCUCGUCGCUGUCGUCAGAGUCGUCUACUGUGUAUGUGGUAUGUGGCUCUCAUUGCGUAUACGUACUCAAGAAGCCUAGAGGUGCAUUUACCAUUUGUUGUUGCUCUUGCCGCAGCGAACACUGGCUACACCCCACUCCACGGUAUAGCGCGUCGCGGGUCCAACAGUUGAAACGUCCGUCGUCCAUUGAUAAAGUGUAACUAAGGAAGAUCGAGAACACCACCGUUUUAUUGCACGCAAGGAUGAUAGAUUGCAACCAACAAAAAUAAUCCAGAAGCAUCCAAAGAAGGGAGUCAACCCUUGUCCUCUUCUUGUUGGCCUAAUUCACCAGUUACCAAUUUUUCCGUGCAAAAUAUUAUUAAAGAAAAGUUAAUUUUUCUUUUGGUAUUCCGGCUAUGGAAGCUACCAAUGUUGCUUAAAUCAUAUUUUUUGGAACAUAAAAACUCUAGACCAAAGCAGUCUAAAGCAGUGAGAAAAGUGCGUCUGCUUUCCUAGAAAAGCAUAAACCAUAAGAAUUGAUUGCAGACGCACAAAAAAAAAAACCCAGAACAUUUAUAGUACAAUUGGAUAAUGUUUACACCCAUAAAAAACCUAAUUACAUACAUACAAAAGAAUGCCAAUUUUGGAUCGAAUACACCAGCAGCAACUGAAGGAAUCGUAAAAAUGGAAACUGCAGACAAUUUAGAGCUACAAAGUGAUAACCACUCUAAAGUGGCAGUGUCAAAUGAUGAGAGAGUUUUAAGCAAUACCCAGGACGUUAGCAAAGAGAAACCCAAACAUGCAAUACCACAAUCAGAAUCAGAAUUAACGCAAGCUACCACCAGCACAAAGUCAGUGUCUUCUCCUUCAUCUUCCCAAAUAACUGAACCGGAAACAUUGCCACAAAAAGAUGCUUCUAUGCUGGGAAAUUCAGAUUCAGAAGACGAUGAUAUUGAGUCGCAAAUUGAAAGUAGUAUUAUGUUAAAGAAACCUGUCAAAGAUGUUUCCAGCAGAGGUAAAGAAAUAUUGGAGCUUAGAAAAUCUCCGGAACGCAGUGUUGUUAUAAGUCAUGACUUUAAUCGCGAUAAGGCCAUAGCUACACCAACCGAUGAUGAGUUAGAAGAUUUUCGACACGAUCCGACGGAAGUGGUUACAUCGUCGCCACUGAAUAACGGCUCACAUUUUGAUAAAUCUGCAAAAGAUUGCUCAGUGGAUAGCGCUCAGGAAGCAAAGGAAAACAGUUGCGAUGAAGGCAAUACAGAAUACAACAGUUCUAUUAAUAAUAAUGAGAAAGAAGAAAAGGCUGAAGAAGAAGACAAAGAUAAAACACAAGAUAUUUCAUUCGAUACGAGUGGUAGUGGAAGUGAUAAAAUUAAUGAAAGUAGUGAUAAAAUUGUAACAGUCGACUCAGAGAAUGAAGAUGAAGCCGAGGAAAUGGCCGAAACAAUGUCGUCCGUUUCGGCGGAAGAUGAGGAUACGGGGGAAACAUACUUAGAUUUGGAUACAUUUCCAGACAGCGAAGUAGUGGUCAUUAGUUACAAUACCCCAGAAAAUAACACCAUGCUAAACACGGAUAGUAUAGACACUGCCAAUACAAGUGAUGAUCCUUUAGCCAUUGCUUGUGAGGACCAGGAAGCAUUUGCUGCCGACAAAAUUUCCGCUUUGCAAGAAUUGAAUUUACUUAAUACAAGUGGACAAUCUCAGGACGAAGACACCACUACGACCACCACAACAGCUGCCGAUGAUGAUCUGCUAUGGUUGAGAAAUGAACCUGCACAAAGAAGUGAACAACCCUCGUGUAGUAACACAAAUCCAACUAAGACGCCAAGUCAGGACAGCGAAACCCCCGAAAAGGAAGAACGCAAUGGCGAGGGUUCUGACUCUGGACUGGGUAGCGAAACUUCAGCAUUGCAUACAACUAAUACUAGCCUGGUGGAUACAAGUCACCACAAUAUGACAUCGUCUGCGAUAACUCCUGCACAAUCGCCCCUUACUGAUGGUCAGAGUCAUACGAAUGCCGGAAAAGAAAAAGAAAUGCUUCCUUCGCCACGCAAACCAUUGCGUUCAAAUCUCAAACGUCGUUUAGAAGUCGACGAUGACGAUGUUGUUGACACACUUAGAAAUAUUACUUCGUCUUUGUCCAGCAGUUCAAUGUCUUCUUCAUUAAGUGGUGGCAGUGUGCACAAGAAACCAAAGCGUUCAAUAAAUUUUGACAACGUACAAGUCUAUUAUUUUCCAAGACAGCAAGGAUUUAGUUGUGUGCCUUCAGCUGGCGGUUGUACUCUGGGCAUGGGAGCGCGACAUGUAGGCUUUAAAACUCUUACACUAGCCGAACACGCAGCGGAGUUGAGGCGUGCACAUCGUAUGCAGCUACAAGAAAUAAAUCCUCGUGGCUCAUCGAGCGAUGACAGCGAAGAGUCCGAGGAGGAUUAUCUAAGCGAAGGAAGUGGCUCGGAUCUUGAUGGAGAAUCAAAUGGUUUCUUGCAACCCGUGUCGCCUAAGCAAAGGCGAACAAUCCUAAAAGCAGCGGGUAUUCGUAAAAUCGAUCCCAGUGAAAAGGUGGAGUGUCGAGACAUACGUAAUAGUCGUGAGGUGUGUGGUUGUUCAUGUCGUGAUUUCUGCGAUCCAGAAACAUGCUCCUGUUCACAAUCCGGCAUCAAAUGUCAAGUUGAUCGUGACAUGUUUCCCUGUGGUUGCUCAAGAGAUGCAUGCGGCAAUACAAUUGGCCGAGUUGAAUUUAACCCGGCACGAGUUCGUACUCAUUUCAUACACACACUGAUGCGCCUUGAAAUGGAGAACCGACAGCAGCAAAAUCCCUAUUCACCUGCCACCGUCAUGCCAACGGUCACAGCAACAGCAACUUCGUACUAUCAAUCACAUUUGCAGCCACAAUCCAACUACAGUUCUGGCUAUGCAUCUCCGGCUUACAACAGUUCGUCAGAGAUGCAUCAACUAAGUUCGGGUAGCACUUUUUAUCAUCAGCAAGCACCUUCCAAUACCAGUGGUCUAUAUGGGCAACCCAGUUCAAUUGAUAUGGGUGGUGGUGCUUCUACAUCAUCUGCAGCUGCUUCAACUUCUUAUGGCAUGGAUAGUCUAGAUACGAGUUUAUUCAGUAGCGGUAGUGCAGUGGGCGGCACUGUAGCGUCAUCGUCAUAUGGUGAAUUAAUUCCGGUUCCAACGUACCAUCAUCAUAACAUGAGUUAUGGAAAUGUCCAAACACAGGUGCCCAGUUAUAAUUCCUAUCACAACAGUGGUUCAUCAACGUCAUCGUAUAUAAAUCCAAUUUCCACCAGUCUGAAUUCUACACCAAACAAUUACAGUUCAUGUGCUGUACCCUCGAUUCCACCCUUCGGUGCGGCUACAACAACUGAAGCAAGUGGUGGUUAUCAUCAUAGUGUGAAUACAUUGACAACAGUGGAGACAACCACAGCACCAUCAUGCACAAAGGCUGGUCCCCCCACAACCAUGGACACUGAUGUCGGAACAAGUUUUAUAAGUCUGUCAACGCCGUUAGCAAGUUCCUCGAGAUUAUCACAAAUUAAUGAUUUAUUACAACAUAAUCGCAAUGCUAAUACAGCUUUGGUGGCAGUAUCUCAAAAUAUUAGCUCAUCUAGUUCUGCGUGCAGCACAAGUACUACUACUACUACUACUAUUCCUGCAACCAAUAUAAGUGGUAAUGAUACACUGUACAAUAUAUCGUCGCCAUAUAGUACAGCCCCAGCAGCAUCAAAUAGCGAAGCUGCCCAUAAAACAUGUUCGGUCUAUGCAAAUUUGACAGAGCCACCACCUUUGACCCCUGCUCCCACAGUUAUAAGUGCAACACUGAAUGAAGCUGGUCCUACCAAGCUGCCAGCACCACCACCAUUGCAACCGGCAUCAACAUCUACAACAUCGGUAUGUUUACCAUCAGAAUUGCCAUUAACAGCAUCAUCUGCUUCUACAUUAAGACCAGCUGAACCAAUGAUAGAUUUAGCAAUAACAUUGCCUUCAACAUCUGUAAAUUCGGAUGUAUUGCCACAGCUAGAAAUACAGGAACAAGAGGAGCCCAGGGUAGAACAAAUGGACACCGAUGAGGGAGUCGUCAAUACUAUCAAUGCAGUAUUACCUGCUGCCGGUAAAACAUCAAUGGUUAAAGAGACUACAGAAGCGUUGGAGGAAACACCAACGAUGACAAAAACCUCAACACCAACUGUGGCAGAAACACCAACCACACUUGCACCAAAUGAAACGCUAGUUGACGAAAAAUCAACAGUGAAAGAUGAUGAUAUGUCUACCGAAGAAGGUAAAGAAGAAGAAGAACAAACACCUACUGUAGAAGAAAUCUCAGCUGAUACGGAUAAGAUAUCAACAGACAAAGAUGAGACAGCAGCAGCUACAGAUAAGACAGCAACAACUGCAGAAGAAGCUCCUGCAUUAGAAGAAGCUGCUGUAAUAGAAAAAUCUGCUGCAGUGGAAGAAGCAGCUUCAGCAGCCGAAGAAACUCCUACAGCUGAAGCACCACCAACGGUAGUGGAUGAAAUCCCAUCAUCAACAUCUUCCGUUGUCGUUGCUGGUUCAGAUGUUUCUGCAAUCGAAGUGACAGUGGCAGUAGGUAAUUAAAACAAAGUUUCCAAAAUUGCAAUGCAAUUUUGAUGCUUUUCAUUUUAUAUCGACAUGUAAGUUGUAGUGCUACUAGCAAAAACAAACAACCACAAAGAAUAUUUGAAAUAUGAAGCAAGUAUUUAGUUAAGUUUCCAUUUUAAUUUUAGUCCUUAAGCGUUAUUUCAUAAAAAACAAAUCGAAAAAAUAUUAAAAACCCACAUGAAAUGAAAACAAAAAACACAAAAACAUUGAACAAUUCAAGCAAAAUAAUCAAACUAAAUAUAGCAUUAAUUUGUAAUAAUAUUCAAACAAAUAUGAACACUUAGAGAAACUCAUAAUGCUACACAAAAAUACUAAAACUGGCUAUAAACCACACACACACACACCAUUACAUACAUACAUAUAUUUUCCUCAUACGCCAAACGACAGGGGAAUGGUAUAAAUGAAACUGCAUUUUUUUUUUUGUUUUCAAAUUUUCUGCCAAAUUUCAAAAUUAAAUCAAUCACUUUAAACAAA